AUGUCGCCCCCCGACCAGAGAAGCGAAGACCAGUGGAGAGCUGUUUUGAGCCCAGAACAAUUCCGCAUUCUCCGUGAGAAGGGUACUGAGCGCGCUGGCACCGGUGAAUACGAUUCCCACUACCCGUCGAAAGGUGUCUACAAUUGCGCUGGUUGCGAUGCGCCACUUUACACCGCCGACCACAAGUUCAAAUCUGGCUGUGGCUGGCCAGCAUACUUCGAUUCCAUCCCUGGUGCUGUGACUAGACAUGUUGACAACACCUUUGGCAUGAAGCGGACAGAGAUCGUAUGCACCAAUUGCGGGGGUCACCUCGGACAUGUAUUCGAGGGUGAGGGGUAUCAGACUCCGACGGACGAGCGUCAUUGCGUGAACAGCGUCAGUCUGCGCUUUACAGAAGAUACCAGCGCUGUGAAGAAUCCCCAGUCAAAAGCUUGA